AUGCUGGGGAUUCUCUGUCUUCUUAUCGCCGCGCUGACUCGUGGGGACGCGGCCAAGGUGCUGACUCAGACGCCGGCAGUUCGGAGCGUUUCUGUAGGAGAAGAGGUGGUUCUCAAUUGCAACAUUCAGAGGAAUGAUCGCUAUAGUGUCGGCUUUUAUAGACAGUUUCCUGGAGAGGCUCCUCAGUUCAUUCUGGAGCAUUACCAUUCAUGGUCCUCACCUAGCUAUGGAUCAGGUUUCUCCUCUAGUCAAUUCAAUGCCAAAGCGUCCUCCGAUGUGGAUUACCAAUUCAUCAUUAAACACGCAAAGGCAGAAGAUUCUGCUGAGUAUUAUUGUAGCACGUGGGAUCGCUCUGCUGCUGAUGUGGUAUUCGGCGGAGGAACCAAGCUGCUGGUGACAAGCUCUGACGUGACUUCCCCCGUGGUGACUGUCUUCCCCCCAUCCAAUGACGAGGUCCAGUCCAAAGAGGCCACUCUAGUCUGCGUGGCCACUCAGUCCAUCCCGUACGCUGACGUCACUUGGCUGGCUCGCGGCCUUCCGGCGACAGGCACCAACGCCACCGGUCCUGCCACGCGAGAAACGAACGGCAACUACAAAAUCAGCAGCUAUCUCACUGUGCAGGCGUCCGAAUGGAACUCGGACGUACCUUACACUUGUAAGGUGUCUUUGGGCUCCCAGUCAGCUGAACAGACCAUCAGCAAGUCCAAGUGUGCAAUUUAG